UCGUGUCAGAGAACGACAUCCCGAGAAUGAAAGAGAAAGGAUGAAACACUUUAAUGAGUGAUGUUACAACCGGAGAAUGUCCAGAUUGAUUGUUGCCGACGUAGUUCAUGUGUUGAUUAGGUGAGAGAGCCAUUACGAUCAUGAAAGGCAGAAUACACGUCAAUGGACAACUCCUUAGGCAUUAAAUGCUAUUAUUGCAUUCAUCUUCCUCCUGCCAUUUCAUAUCUGGAUGUUAACUUAGUGAUGUUUUUUAUUAGCCAUGCGAAGAUUACAAGAAGAAGUAGGAGGAACCGUCCGUCAUAUACUUUUGAUUUGAAGAUAUUUGGAGCAAUAUUGUAAUGCAUCAUCAUCAUCUUCAUCUUCAUCAUCAUCAUCAUCUCCCAAAACACGGAUGAGGUGUGAUACAUCUUACGAUAUAUUUUAAAGUUCUCGUUUUGUUAAUCCAAAUUCGAGUAUCUAAUUCUUGUAGUGCAGAUUGAUCAUAAUGGAUUGCCAGAUUAAUGUCAAAAUGUUGGUGCUAUGCUACCAUCCAAUAAGCACUAUUAUUCUUCAAUACUUCGCUUUCGACGGACUACAUGGAGAUGAACCAGCGUUUCCAACCUUAUCUCUUCUCUAAUAUGCGGUACCACUUCCAAAGACUACUACUCCAGUAUUAGCAAGAAGAUGAUCAUGAUGGUAGGGGUACGACAAGUAAGGAGUUGGCUUCUCCGAGGGGAUCGCUUCCCGACGUGUUAUCCAACAUCUACGAGAUAUAACAUUCGGCUGGCCUUGCUGUGCUUGAUCAUCAUAUGGUCAACGUUACUUUCUGGUCUUGUUCUUCACUCCAAACUGGUCAUCAACCAGCGUGGGUCCAGCGUUGAGUCCAGUAGUGACCAGUCCAUUCUAGAGCAAUUAACCUUUAAAUCAAACCGUACAGGUACUGGUCAGUGCGUCAAAAGUAUCCUCCUAUAUGGGGACUUGGAAGGUAUGAGGAGUUGGCCUGAGCUUUCAAAAUGGGUGGAGCUUAUGGAAACAAGUCUAAGAUUGGAAAGGGAGGUGAAUCUGGGAUGCAGAACUGACAAUAUCAAUUGCACGAUCAAACUUUCCCUUGGGACGGACUUGAAACGUUUUCGCGGAAAAGACGCGGUUAUUUUUGGCAUUUUACCGCGUGCACUGAGAGGACAGAUUGAGACGCUGAAAAAUCUUGAGCCAGAGCAAAACCAAACGUGGUUCUUUUACAGCACAGAAUCGCCUCACCGCAUGACAUUCUGGAAUCAGAAUCUGAACAUAACUCAGCUCAAAUACCACAAGUUGAUUUCGUAUCACUGGGAUUCACACGUCCAAUUAUCGUUUGGUUCAUACAGUUACCAACCACCAGCAAAUACGUCCAUGAGCUUGCCACCUCAAUGGUCCACGAAGAAACAUCUCAUAGCAUGGAUGAACAGUAACUGUAAUGAAGUAUCGUGGCCAAGAAAACCGUUCUUAAGCCGCGUCCGCGCCCGCUUACCGGUGGACGAAUUCGGAGCGUGCGGUACAAAGCAGUGUGAACCGCGUCAUUCCUCUAAAUGCUCAAAGUUGAUACAAAGUUACAAAUUUCUGCUCAUCCUUGGAAACGCUGAAUGUGAUGGUCUGAUUCCAGCCGACUUCUGGUCACUAGCUCUUGCCAAUGACGUUGUACCGGUUAUCUACGGGGUUCCUAAGGCUGACGUUGCCAAGGUAGCUCCUCCCUCGUCCUUUAUCCACGUUUCUUAUUUUAAAACGGUGAAAUCAUUGGCAGAUUACCUCCUAACAAUAGCAGACGACGAGAAAGAGUAUAACAAGUUUUUUGCUUGGAAGAGACGCAGUGAGAUAAAGUUGAUGUACCCCGUCGCACCCAAACUCGUAUGUAGAACGAUACCACACAUGUUUGACGGUACCCCACAAUACCUGACGACUGUGGGUGAGUCGAGUUGGUUUAAUGGUUGUCGGACACGGCCCAACAAGAAUUCCUUGAAGCCGUUUAGUCCUGAUCAACAGUACAAGGAAUACAACCAUUGGACUAUCUGGCAAUCAAUGUGAUUUUGUAAUGAAACCGUGAUGAAUGGGAAAUGGACAGGUAGAGGAUAUAAGUAAUUAUAUAUAUAUUAGAAUGACAUACAGUAGGAGCAUUAUGAAUACGAUGUGGUGAUGAUUGGCUGAAACAAAUAUAAUACAUUGAGAAAGGUGUGGAGGGAAGCUGGGACUUGGGUCCAAACACAGGGAUAUGGAAUUAACAAGAUCAAUGUGCCUAGCAGCCAAAAUUUAAAAACGGUACGAAUUUUUUUUGCCAGCCUGCAUUAUUAUAUUCAUACAUCGCCUAGAAUUUGCUCACUUGUUAAUUUUUACUUUUCCCAUACGAGUAUAAAAGUUUAGGAUGAAUCGAUUUUCUUUUCUAUGUUUUUAAUAGCAAUUAGUCAAUGGUACUUACUUAUAGAAUUGGCUUUAUGCAUGAAACUAGUAAUUCCCUUUUCUCGGCACUGGGAUGUUUGUAUUUUGUUACUGUAUUCUCAGGGUAGGAUUCAGGAUUGUCAGCUUAUAGUGCCCUUAAGAGGAAAACACGGCUCCGUCACCUCUCUCUCUCUUCGCUGAGUCCACUCAAAGCCCAAUUAUAUACGCGUUCGUUAAUAUUUUUUAAAGAUAUAAAUGUCACGUGAAUUGUAAUCAAACAGAUUUAAAAAAAAUUACCCAAAAUAUAUUUUCUGUCACGAGUUUGUGUGUGAUCUAACAUGAGCUGUGUAAAACAAACAAUAAUUACAUCGUAGUAGAAAUAAAA